AUGGCUACUCUCCCUCCUCCAUCAUCCCCAAGGAGCCAUCAGCGCCCUCCCACACACUCGGAUUAUUCGCAGGCUGGGAGGAUCUGGAGUUCGUUGGGGUUCUUGUUAGACUACAGGCCCCAGAAAGGUACUCACUCCCAGGACGGGGGGAUCUUGGACCUUACAGCUGUCGGGCUCGGCAGAUUUUGGAGGAACAGUGGAGAGCAGAAAGACAAGAAUCUGCCAGGCUACUCACCUCACUUGAUCUACAAGGUCAAUCAACGUGUGUGCAGCCUUUUGAUGGAGGGAGACGAGGUCGCUUCCGUAGAUGGAGAGGCCGUGUCGGAGAGGCGAGGAGAAGAACUCUGCCAGCUCCUGACCGAGAAGAUCGACAAGGUCAAGAUAAUCAGGAGGAUGGCUGGAGACAACUGGGGGGUGACGUCAAGGAACUUGGAUGUUGUCAUCUCCGUCAGCUCGUCUCGCAGUCAGCACGUUCGACCAAGCCUUCUAGAGAGCAGCAAGCAGGACAUACAAGUCUUGAUCAAAGCGGAUCAAGAGGCUUCCAGAGUUCAGCGAGCAGGCGAAGGAACGCAUAGCGAACGUGUACAUUUGCCCGAAGAAUCCUUCGAAAGAAACUUGAAGGGAGAAAGGAGGGAGAGAUUGACUGAUCGUGAGAAACGCGAGGAGGAAGAAGAAGAAAUGAAGAUCUUCAAGGGAGGGGAGUCAGCCAUGUCGGUCUUGCUCUCUAGGUUGGGCAAUGAUUUGCAUCAGAGCGACGUAGCUGAGGUCGCGCUUCCCUCGUGGAUCAGACCGCUGAUGCUCUAUCAACCCAACGGCAUGAACCCUCUCACGGAUGGGAUCGGACAUCUUCACCGCGCCAUCACCACGAUGGCAGAGAGCAGUAUCCGAGAAGCUCAAUUGCAGCAGCAGCAGCGGGAGCUCAGAGUGCAGGAAGAGGCGAUGAGAGGCAGACGUAUUGGAUUGGAAUCGAGUCAUGAGGCAGAGAGUGACGGGAAGGCUUAUGACUCAGCGGAGGACCUCCUGAGACUAGAGGCCAUCGGGACGGGGAGAGUUCAGUGCAAGAGGGAGUCAGACGUUCGCAAGGUUCGACGCUCUUCCAUGCGUCCUGCCACCCUCUGGCAUGACGACUGCCCGUCACUGCAGGUGCUCGAGCUGGUGGAUGGCUGGGUGGAGCUGGAGGUCGACGAUGCUCUGGAGCUGUUGGGGUCCAACUACAGCGUUGUCCCGAUCCGUUCGCUAGCGAUCCGCUCUCUCGACAAGGCAAGAUGUGAGGAGGGACGGCAGGGCAGGGGACGGGAGGGGAGAGGUCAAUGGAAAGCGACUCUGACGGAAUUGGCUCAGGUGUCGGACGCGGAGUUGAUGUGCUUCUUGAUGCCUCUCACGAUUGCGCUGCGAUAUGACGUUGUGGAUUUGGGGGAGCAGGAGGAUGGCGAGGAGAAGGGAAAAGAAGGGACGGAGGAGGAGGAAGAGGCGGUUGGAAUGCUGGCGAAGUUUCUCAUUAGGAGGUCACUGCGCAACUCAUCGAUAGCCAUGGCGUUCUACUGGCACCUUGUUGUCGAGAGAUCGUGCGGGGGGAACUUCUCGCGCAUGUACAGGAGAGUUCACGCGCUGCUGAGCAGAAGGCUGCAGGCAUCCCAGAUGCUGUUCGAUGCAGGAGGGGGAGGGGUUGGAGGAUCGCAAUCGAGCUGGAAGGGGCUGAAGGUGCUAGAGGUGGUGCGGCAGCAGGAGCACUUCGUCGCUUCUCUCUCUGCUCUUGUGGCGGAAGUGAGAAAACACGGGAAGUUGUCGAGGCUGCAGCAGGUGGAACGACUGCGAGAAGCGAUCUCACCCGAGGGAAACCUGAGCCACCUCGCCGACCUGGCUGUUCCUGUGCGGCUGCCGAAUCAGAGCCAUGUGGUUGUCUCAGGUAUCAUAGCUGACAAGACGACGAUCCUCAAGAGCGCCAUGAUGCCGAUCAAGCUGCAACGAUCUCCGUCGAGACCAGCUGAUCAUCGCCUGCAUCGACCUGAUGGACAUGCUGCUCAAGCGCGAGGGGUCGACCUGAACAUCAUCACCUACCGAGUCACUGCCACAUCUCACAACCAGGGGCUGGUGGAGUGGGUUGAGGACUCUUAUGACCUCCAGCACAUCCUCGACGAGUUUGCAGACAUUCGCCUCUUCUUCCAGGCGCACGACCCGACCAACCGCCGGGUAACUGCCGAGCAGAGGGCGGAGAGGCGCAACAAUCCCUUCGCCAGCAUCCUCGCCAGCGGGUCCCCCGGCCCCGACGCUGCCGCCGAGCGCGCCAAGUUCAGCGAGGAGAUCCUCGACAAGUUCAAGGUGUGCUGCAAGGCGUACCUCAUCCUCCGCCAGCACGCCAGGACCUUCCUCAACCUCCUCGACCUCUCCCGCGACCUCAACGCCAACCAGAAUGCCCUGAGCUUCCGCAGCGGGCAGGAGCUCGAGGAGAGGUUUCAGCUCCACCUCACCCCGCAGGAGGCCGUCACGUACCUGCAGGAGGUCAUUCACGAAUCCGUCGGCGCGCUCUUCCCUCAGCUCGUCGAUACGGUUCACAAGUGGCGGCAGUUCUUCAAGCAGUAG